AUGGCUGAUCAACAAAACGGAACUUCGGGGCACCCACCACCUCUCCAGAAUGGCACCAACGCCAGUACGAACGGCACGCACGCCACGGCGAGAUCAGCGUCAGGGCGGGAUGGCAAGCUGCGGGUGAACAAGCAAGACAAGCAAGCAACUCUGGCCAAUCCUGAAGCUCUCGAAGACUCCGACUAUUCAGAUGAAGAUGCUCCCCCACCCGAUCAGAUCGCCGCCGACGAAGAUCUGCUGGAGGGCGUAGACCCGGAAGAGGAGGACAUCGAACUUCUACACUCCAAAAUCACAUCGAUACCCGCCCUCCGCCUCGAACGCUACAAGAACAUCAAGCGACUAUGUCUUCGCCAGAACCAAAUCCAGCGCAUCGAACUACCCGAAUCGAGUCGGCCACAACUCGAAGAGCUGGAACUGUAUGACAACCUCAUCAAGCACAUCGACGGCGUGGAAGACUGCACGGCACUCACACAACUCGACCUGAGCUACAACAAGAUCAAGCACAUCAAGCACCUCGCCAAGCUCACAAAACUCGACCACCUCUACUUCGUACAGAAUCGCAUAUCCAAAAUCGAAGGCCUCGAAGAGUUGACGCAGCUGACAUAUCUGGAGCUUGGCGCGAACCGCAUCAAAGAAAUUGACGGGAUCGAGACAUUGACGAAGCUGGAGUCAUUAUGGCUAGGACAAAACAAAAUCACUGAGCUCAAGGGCCUCAGCACAUUGAGCAACCUUCGCAGUCUCAGCAUACAAGCCAACCGCCUCACAUCACUGAACGGCAUCGAAUCGAUACCGCAAAUCACCGAACUCUACGUCAGCGACAACAAGAUCACAUCCCUGGAGCCCUUACGACAUAACACGAAGCUGGAAAUGCUCGACUUCCAAUCAAAUCCCAUCUCAUCCCUCGCCGGUUUGGAGGACUUGAAGGAGCUUGAGAACGUGUGGGCAUCGAAUUGCCAGGUUGACAGCUUCCAGGAGAUAGAAAGAGCACUGAAGGACAAGGAGAAGUUGGACGAGGUUUACUUCGAGGGUAAUCCGGUGCAGAGGCAGAAUCCCGUGCUGUAUAGGAACAAGGUCCGGCUGGCUUUGCCGCAGGUUACGAAGAUUGAUGCAGCGUAUGUGAAACAGACAUAG